AUGGGGCUUGGCUACAACAGCUGCUGGCCCAUUCAUACUAUUGUCACUGCCUUUGGUCCUGAUGUAGUUUUACAUCCUAAAGAAUCUAAAAUGCCGGGCGCCGGUACUUUCAAAAUCUUCGUCGGGAAUCUUUCCGAUAAAACGACGGACGCCGAUCUUAGACCGCUAUUCGAAAAGUACGGUACGGUCGUAGAAUGCGAUAUCGUCAGAAAUUACGGUUUCGUGCACAUGGAAAACGAACAAGUCGGCCGCGAAGCCAUUCAGAACUUAAACGGAGAGAUAGUCCAUGGUCAAGCUAUCAAAAUAGAAGCGGCCAAGAGCCGAAAGGCACCUUCGACGCCCACCACCAAAAUAUUCGUCGGUAACCUAACGGACAAGACGCGCGCGCCCGAGGUCCGCGAGCUGUUUCAGAAGUUCGGCACGGUCGUCGAGUGUGAUAUCGUUCGUAAUUAUGGCUUCGUGCACUUGGACGCGUCGGGCGAUGUCAACGAAGCUAUCAAAGAGUUGAACGGUAUGAUGGUCGACGGGCAGCCCAUGAAGGUGCAGUUAUCAACGAGCCGCGUCCGUCAGCGGCCGGGCAUGGGCGACCCCGAGCAGUGCUAUCGCUGCGGUCGGGGCGGUCACUGGUCCAAGGAGUGCCCGAAGGCGCUGGGCCCAGACCGGAACAUUUUACGCGAUCGAGCUUUCGGCCGCGACCCGUACCCUCCACCGCCACCGCCGCCGUUCCUUCGCGAUCGCAUGAUGGGAGGAUUUGGGGAUCCUUAUGAUGGAUACUACGACCGUGCAAGAUUCGACUCGCCGCGCGAUUUAUUCGAGCGGAGGUAUCCUGUGGGAGCUUCCCGCGGACUAGACAUGGGAGCAUCUCGCGGAGGUCGUGGUGACUUCGUGUCUCCGCCUCUGCGAAGGGAGCCAAUGCCGCCGAUGCCGAGUUUGCCACCAAUGCGCAGCGGAAUGGGAUCUAUGAGGUCGUCGUAUGAUGCUAUGUACAGCAGGCGAAGUCCCCCGCAAGGGCCUCAAAUGUCCCGGGGGAUGUAUGAAGAUUUUAGCCGUGACACAUUUGAUGACAGAAGACCUGGAAUGCGAGGACCUUCACCUUCAAGAAGAUACGCGCCUUAUUAG